AUGGAAGACAGCACGCUAUCUGACUACAACAUCCAGGAGUCCACACUAUACCUGGUGCUGCGCCUCAGAGGUGGGUUGCAGAUCUUCAUGAAGUCCUUGACCGACACCACCAUCACCCUGGAGGUGGAGCCCAGUGACACCAUUGAGACUGUCAAGUUAGAAGACUGGUGCACCUUUCCUGACCAACACAUCCAGAAGGAGUCCACCCAGAACCUGGUGCUGCACCUCCAAGGUGGGAUGCAGAUUUUCGUGAAGACACUGACAGGCAAUACCUUCACCCUGAAGGUGGAUCCCAGUGACAUAAUGGAGAAUGGCAAGAUCUUCAUGAGGACCCUUACCAGUAGGACCAUCAACCUGGAGGUGGAGCCCAUUGACACCAUUGGGAAUGUCAAGCUAGAAGACUGGUUCACCUUGCCUGCCUACAACAUCCAGAAGGAGUCCACCCUGCACCUGUUGCUGAACCUCAGAGGUGCGAUGCAGAUCUCCAUGAAGACCCUGAUCUUCAUGAGGACCCUUACCAGUAGGACCAUCAACCUGGAGGUGGAGCCCAUUGACACCAUUGGGAAUGUCAAGCUAGAAGACUGGUUCACCUUGCCUGCCUACAACAUCCAGAAGGAGUCCACCCUGCACCUGUUGCUGAACCUCAGAGGUGCGAUGCAGAUCUCCAUGAAGACCCUGGUUUGA